AUGGUUGGGAGCAGGCUGGCGCGACAUGUCGCCAGCAAGGCUCGAUUCCAGGAGGGUUGGAGCCCGGUUCUCGCGGCUCUGCAGAGGCUUCAGGAUCCGCGCUGCCCGCCUCCGCGACAAGAGGAUGCGCUACAAGCACUGCUGGAUAACAAGGAAGCCUUUGCCACAACCAAAGACUACUCGCGCGCCAUCAAUGCCUUCGGCAAGCGGAGGCGAUGGUCCGAGGCAGUGCACCUGCUUGCGACCAUGCAUGAGCGUGUGGUGGGGCCGUGUCGGUUUUCGCACAGCGCCGCCAUAAGCGCCUGCGCCAGUGCCACUGCUUGGCAGCACGCGCUCUCUGCCUUGACUGGCCCCGAGGCCCAAGACCUCGACCUGGAUCUUAUCGUCGUCAGCGCAGCACUGUCGGCUUGUGAGAAAGCCAGCCGCUGGCACCAAGCAAUGCGGCUGCUCCAGGAAGCAGAGCGGCGGGAGAUACAGCCAGAUGUGGUGGCAUUGAAUGCUGUAAUCAGCAGCUGUGGCAAGGGUUUCGCUUGGGCUCGAGCUUUGGAUCUGCUGCAAAGCUUGGCAGACAGGAGGCUUCAGCCUACUCGCAUCAGCUACUCCUCGGCGCUAACGGCCUGCGAGCGAUCGGGACGAUGGAGGCAGGCCAUGGGCCUUCUGCUCGGCAUGCAAAGCGCAGGUGUGACGCCGGAUGCCAUCGCAAUGGGCGCAAGCAUCAGUGCAAUGGAGAAAGGUCGGCAGUGGGCAGCUGCACUGUGGCUCUUGUCCGUGGAGGAGCGCUCCUCCCGAUGCUUCGACACAGUUGCGUUCAAUGCCGGCAUCGCUGCGUGUGCCAAGAGCCGGGAGUGGAUCAAGGCUCUUGACCUGUUGCAGACGCUCACUUCGCCGAUGGCCCCCGUCCGCCCGGACGCGGCGUCCUUUGAUGCUGGGAUGGAUGCCUGUGCAGACGGGCACUGGUUGCAGGCGCUUGGGCUGCUUAGCGAGAUGCCAAAGCUUGACUUGCCUCGCACAGCCCGGAGCUACAUGGCCGCCCUUAGCGCUUGCACUGCCUCGAGCCACUGGCCACGUUCGCUGGUCCUUUGGGCGGAGCUUCAAGACGAAGGUCGCAUACCCAUCGACGGGAGCUUGCGGAGUGCAGCAAUCGAGGCCUGUUCUCCUGCUGGGCUGUGGCAGGAGGCACUGUAUCAUUUUCUAUCGAGCGGGCCGGUUGCCGACUCGGACGACGCCCUGCGCCAAGGUGUGAUCAAGGUGCUGGCGCAGGCAGCGCAGACUUCCCAAGCAGUAGCACUGUACAGACUGCUGGAGGAGGAGAAGCUUUAUCAGCCCUGGAAGACAGCGAACCUUCUCGAUCUCCAUGGGAUGACCGUCGAAGUCGCGCUUGUGGCCACGUUUUCUGCGCUGCUCACGCGGUCGCUGGAGGAUGCGAAGAGGCCGCCUUUGGGGCUCAUUGUCGGCCGCGGCAUUCACUCGGACGAGGGCGUUGCCAUCCUGAAGCCUCUGCUGCAGGAGGUGCUCUCGGAGCUUGGGGUUCCUUGGAAGGAGGUGACAGAUGGCAGGCGCACACGCGCGGGGUCUGGCGGCGGUGGCGCUGCCCGCGACGACCACUGUGAUGAUGAUGAUGUUGAUGUCAACGAUGAUGACGACGAAGAAGAUGAUGAUUAUCUGCAGGGGAGUGGUUUUCCUAGUGUCGAUGGGUCUAUGAUGCCGGUGAUGUUGACGCUGGGGCUGUCUUGUGCCUUACGUCUCCGUCAUCUUCGGGUUCUCACUGCCGCGGUGCGGGCUCAUGCCGGACGGAACCCUGCCCCGAUGCUGCUUGUGGCUUGA